CCUUCAGACUCAGACUGAAAAGGAGACUACCUAAGAGGGCACUUUCCCUGCCUGACUGCAGACCUGGGAUAUUGGUCCUUUCCAGCCGUUGGGCUUGAACUGAAACUCAACUCUUCCGGGGUCUUGGGCCUGCUGACUUUUGAAUUGUAACUGACAUCAUUGGCCCUUCUGGCUCUCCGGCCUUCCACAGAUCUUGGGACUUCCAUAAUAGUGUCGUUGAAAAGCCGGGCGUCAUGAUGACGGAGCGCUUUGACUGCCACCACUGUGAAGAAUCUCUCUUUGGCAAGAAGUACAUCCUGAGGGAGGAGAGCCCCUACUGCAUUGGGUGCUUUGAGGCUCUGUAUGCCAGCACUUGCGAGGAGUGUGGGAAGCCCAUCGGCUGUGACUGCAAGGACUUGUCCUACAAGGACCGACACUGGCAUGAGGCCUGUUUCCACUGCUCGCGGUGCAAGAGCUCACUGGUGGACAAGCCCUUCGCUGCCAAGGAGGACCAGCUGCUCUGCAUGGACUGCUACUCCCACCAGUACUCGUCCAAGUGCCAGGAAUGCAAGGAGACCAUCAUGCCAGGUACCCGCAAGAUGGAGUACAAGGACAACAGCUGGCACGAGACCUGCUUCAUCUGCCACCGCUGCCAGCAGCCAAUUGGCACCAAGAGCUUCAUCCCUAAGGACAACCAGAACUUCUGUGUGCCCUGCUACGAGAAACAGUACGCCUUGCAGUGUGUUCAGUGUAAAAAGCCUAUCACCACGGGAGGCGUCACGUACCGGGAGCAGCCCUGGCACCGGGAAUGCUUUGUGUGCACGGCCUGCAAGAAGCCGCUGUCGGGGCAGCGCUUCACGUCCCGGGACGAGUUCGCCUACUGCCUGAGCUGCUUCUGUGACUUGUAUGCCAAGAAGUGCGCCGGCUGCACCAACCCCAUCAGCGGACUGGGUGGCACAAAGUACAUCUCCUUUGAGGAGCGACAGUGGCACAACGACUGUUUCAACUGCAAGAAGUGCUCCCUCUCCCUGGUGGGGCGAGGCUUCCUCACAGAGAGAGACGACAUCCUGUGCCCGGACUGUGGGAAAGACAUCUGAAGUCCACACCGCUGACUGCUGGCGACACUCACGGAUUUAUGUACGCUGUCCUUCUCAGCCAGGCAGUAUUGCGUCUGGUCUCCACCGGCCGCGUUGAGACUCUCCUCUUGUGCUUUUCUCAGUGAUAUCCACGUUUGUUUAAACCCUUUAAUCCUUUGUACUAGUUCAGUCCCAGGGAAGGAGGAAACCCCUGUGUAAACCCUCGGUGGGAAGCUGGUUUUGGAGUUUUGUAAUCAAGCAAGGCAAAUCCAAGUGCAAAAAUCCUUUCGAAUGACAGCUUUGUUAAUGUAUCUUUCUUUCACUGCGUAUUUAAUUUUUAAGUGCAAUUAACAUGUCACGAACUCGAGUUUCCCAAACCACACGAGAUAAUGCAGAGUAGGUAUUUACAAGUAUGUAACUUCCUGUCACGUAAGCCCUAAAGCAAGAUUAUACAGCUUACAAUAAAGUUAUCCCGAACAAAAUGGCCA